UUGUUGCCCAAACGAGUUUGUAACCCCAAAAUUAUUAUUAAUGUCCCCGACUAGACAGGCUAGACCUUGGAUUUCAUAUCAAUGGACUACUUUGUAAAAUAGGCUGUCUAUAUAUAUAUCUAUAUCUAUCUAUAUAUAUUGAUAUAUAUAUAUAGAUAUAUCUAUAUAAAUAUAUAUCUAUAUAUAGAUAGAUAUAGAUAUAUAUUUAUAUAGAUAGAUAGAUAUACAUUUGGAUUGAACCUAGUAUUCGUCGGGCCGACUGGUUCAUCUCAGUCCUGCCGUGCCCAAUCGACGCCGUGUCCACUUGGUAUUGCAGUGCGCGUCUUGCACACGGCGUUGCGCUCUCGCCUCUGCUGGCGUUCAGCAAGCGCCACCCCGCCCCGUCCCUCCACCUCCAUCUCCACCUCCAUCUCCACCUCAACGGAUAGACGAGAGAGGACACUGACCCCCGCGUUUGCUCUCGCCGUCCUCCCCUGGCCAGGACGCCGGCAUCGCGCCAUCUGAGGCACCGCGAGGCGCGCGGCGCUCGUCCGCUCUCGUCCGCCGAACGACCGCGCCGCGUGACGCUCGGCGCCGGGUCCGUCCGCUCGCUUGCCGCCCCUCCGCCCGCCCUCCCCGACAGAGAAGAGCGUCGCCCCCUUGGAAGCCGGAUGAAUGAUCGGAGAGUUGUGAACAAGUGCGAGAAGAAAGCUGAGGCUCCCCAUCCGCCUCGUCGCUCCGUCGCGGGAAAGCAAGACUCAGCCACGGUUGUGGGCGACCAUGGAGAGGACGUCCCUGUGUGUUCCGAUUGUUAUUUUACUCAUGCAAUGUUUCCCCUCCCUUCCUGUCACCGUGUCGACCAACAAACAAAAGGUGGAGGUGCGCGAGUUCUCAGAUGCAGUGCUGUCCUGCAUUUUCCGCACUGAGAGGGACCAGAAUCCACGCAUCGAGUGGAAGAAGAAGGGCAAAGAUGUUUCUUUUGUUUACUUUGAUGGACACUUCCGAGCGGUCCUACCUUUUCACCACUCCCUUGCGUCAGGUCCAUUUGAGGGGCGGGCAAGCAUCGAUGGGGCCACAGUGACAUUGCGCAAGGUGACCCAGGAGGAUGCCGGCGAGUACCGCUGCGAGAUCAGCGCUCCUUUUGAUUCUGUCAAUUUGGGCGAGACCAACGUCACACUCAGAGUCUUAGUUCCCCCCAAUACACCGGCCUGCGAAAUCCCGAGUGCGGCAGUGACGGGCUCUGCUGUGCAGCUGCGCUGUAGGGACCAGCAAAGCAUCCCCCCCGCUACAUACGCCUGGUACAAGGACGACCAGCUGAUGAUCCCCCCACGCCACGCCAACGCCAACGCCACCUAUCUUAUCAACACACAAACUGGAUUACUGGAGUUCAAAGCUGUGGCUAAAGAGGACAGUGGCCGUUACAGCUGCCGGGCUUCCAACGGGGUGGGAAAGCCCACGAUGUGUGAGGGCAGGCACAUGACGAUAGAGGAUGUCAACGUCACGGCUGUGGUGGUGACAGUGGUUGUAAUCUGCCUGGUGGUGCUAGUCUGCGGAUGCGGGGGGUUCCUGAUGCACCGUAAUGGCUUCUUCACCCAAGGACACAGAGGAAGGUCAUUUUGGAUCUCCGAGUGUCACGGUGCCGCUCACAUCAGCAGCCAAAACCUGAACAGAACUGAGGACACGUCCAAUGUCAACUAUAUCCCUCCGCCCCAAGAAAUUUACAAUUUUUGGCAGCUCGGCAGGAAAAAAUCCCUUUUAACGCCUCACACUAAAGCAGUGAUUCUCAAAGUGUGGUGUGAAUGUGAGUGCGGAUGGUUGUUUGUUUGUCUGUGCCCUGCGAUUGGCUGGCAACCAGUUCAGAGUGUCCCGCCGCCUCCUGCCCGAAGAUACCUGGGCUAGGCUCCAGCACUCCCGCGACCCUUGUGAAGAUAAGCGGCUCAGAAAAUGGAUGGAUGGAUGUAUGGAAACAAUGUUUUCAAACAUUUAUUUAGGCAUAAUUUUCAUAAAUUUUUUAUAUGCAAUACAUUUUAAUUGAAUCAUGAUAUUAGUACAUUUUUGUAUUUUCUUAUAUUCAAGCGCAGUCUUGAUUUUCAAACUGUGCGUAAUAAUGUUAAAGUAGCUAACAUAAAUAUUAAAGGUCCACUUCCAUCAAAAUGUACUUUGUACGAUCUGUGUCCUUUUAUCGGGUUUGCAAGAUAAUUUGGGUUGAAAAUGGCCAGAAUGUCCUUUUUCAAGCUAUUGUAGUUGGUCUUUGGUUGAGACGGCCUGAUGUCUCAUUAAUAUGCGACGUAAAUAAUAUUUGCUCUGAUUGGAUUGCUCAUCUUCUCAAUUUCGAUACGGAAAACAGCUUGGCUCUGAUUGGUCCUGUUUGGCUAUAUCAUAGCGUCUUAGCAGCCUAGCGUUCAUAGUGACCUUGCGGUUGGAUCAACUGAUUGUUCGCACACUACUCACAAACCCACAGAGGAGGGCACGUCGAUGAAAUAAAAGAGAGGAGGAUAUUUUGAUGGGCAGGUCCCAUUCAAUUGCGAUAACGUAACCAACCGGCUUGCGGCGUUCAUCAUUUUGCCGACAAUGACCACACAGUAUUUCAUUCACAGUUACAUUCAACAUUAUAAACAUAGUUUAUUGCUGUAAACCGCAACACAUGUAUGCUUUUAUAUAGUGUAUUUGCAUUGUUCAGCUGCACCCAGCUGGGUCACUCACUCCAAACCCGGAAAUGGACUUCCACAGCAGGAAAUGGACUUCCAGGAGUAUGUGUAAACUCAUGUUUAUGAAGUCAUCCUCCACGAAAUGGGCUCGAACACAGCAAAAUUCUGGGUCUGAAAUGCUUAGGAAUUUCUUCAAAAAUAAACUGAAACCAUUUACUUCUCAACUCGUCUGAGGUUGGCAGGUGAUGUAAAACCUUGCACAUGAUGCAGUUUUCCUGAGAUGGGUGGGCACGAAGUGGGCAGGUACUUGAAUAUUAAUUAUCAAACCUACGUCACAAAAACGCCGAUUUCAAAUCCUGUUGUUUGCAAACGGCGUGCAAAGGCUAUUGCAGUCACUCUACGAACUGGAUGGAUUUCAAACUCAAACCAGGUCACAGACUCAUUUUGACAUAGUAUGCAUAAAAAAGGAGAAGAAAAUAUUUUGAUGGAAGGGGGACCUUGAAACUUUUGAGGAAUAAAACCCCUGCCUGGUUUUGGAUGAACACUUGACACUACUGUGCUACUAUAUUUUAUUUUUUUAUUGUGGUGGUACUUGAUGAGCCAAAUAUUUUUUUGAGGUGGUACUUAGUGUAAAAAGUCUGAGAACCACUGCACUAGAGCAUAAUCACUCAGGAUAAUAUUUCCAAAACAUCCCAUAUUUGGGGGGCGUAGAAAUACUCAAAUUCUUUAUCAUUAUCAAGAUGUGUGAGCUACACUUUACGGUUGGGGAGUUUAGCUCGGGGGAUGUCGUCGAUCUUUGUCAACUGUGGGCUUGUGAAGCCCUUUGAGACCCUUUUGUGAUUAACGGUGAGACCAAUAAAGUUGAUUUGAGAAAGAAAUAUGAUUAAAACCAUUGUUAAUCAAUGCGUGCAUGCGCACACAAACUGGUACAGACAAAUGUUUGAGCUAUUGUUCUGUGUUUCAAACACCCUUUUCUG